UACCUGCCCUGCCCUUAAACCGAUCAUCUUGAGCUGACCAGGCUCCCAUUGGAGCGGAUUUGAGAGGGCAGGCAAGUCAUGUGGGGAUCAGAAUGCGAAAUGUACCAUAAUCCUCCAGAGGACAAAGAGGGGGAGAGAGAGUAAGUCCUAGUUACCUUUACAGAACAUAGACUGCAGGAGUUGACAGAAGAGCUUUGGUGUGCUAGUUCUACAAGGUCUACACAGUCUCUAAACACUCUUCUAAUUCUCAAGUAUGGCCCAGGCCAAAAACGAUAUGAGUUUCAACAUGGAUAUUUCUAACGGCGCUGUCAUCCACAGUCCUGUAGGGUCGUGCGUGGAGAUGGAGGAUCGGAGGACUGGACUGGAGGAAGAGGAGGAAGAUGAGGUUGAACUGGCCGAAGAGGUGGACGAGGAUAUCAACAUUGGAGAUGAUGAUGGUGGAGAAAGCAACGCAAUGCCCUCAACAGACGUGAUCAUUCAUAAAACAGAGGAAGAGGAUAAUAUGGAAGGUGUAGAUGACCAAGUUAGCCAAGAAACCGUGGUUCUGCAAAAAGAAGUGAACAUAGCCAUCAAACUAACAACGCCUGAGCUGAACGUUACAGAUGAACUGCCAGCUUCAACACAAACACAAGCUCCAGAUCUUCGAAACAAAGCUGAAGAGCUCAGAGGAGCAUUGAAAGAACUGGACAAGGACCGCGCAGAUCACAAGUUGGCAACGCUGUAUGAAGACGAAAUGGAAAACGACGAAGCACAGAUGCAAACCUUGAGCGAACGGCAGACGGAGGACAAGAAACAUCAGGAGCUGCUCCUGUCUGAGGUAAGAGAGUUCACCUGUAGCCUCCUCGAGAAAAUAAAAAACAAGUACAGAGACGAGCAAAUUCAGCAAGUGGAGAGCGACAGACUUUUACAAGAAGAGGAGCACGAAGAGGUAGAAAGAGUGGAUAAUGAGGUUGUAAAAAACAAUGUAGACAAAGAGCCACGGAUGGUUUCUAACAGUGAAGGAGAAUCGAUAGAAGACUUCCAGAGUCUUGGGGAAGAGGAAGAAAGUGUGACAUUUGAUAAUGCUAGCGAGGAACAGUCUACAACCGAAGUGCUUUUAUUGGAGGACUGUAUAGCAGCUGGAGAGACAGUGCACAACGAUGCCUUCGACACAAGUAGUGAUGAAAAGACCACUUACAAUACACCAGAAGAAAGGUCUGCAACAGAGCAACUAUCAACUGAUAUGACUGGUGGAACCAUAGAAGAGAUAGUCCAGAAUUCAGAUCAGUUGGAGGAAAGCAUCGGCCAAGAGUAUGAAAGACUAGAGUGGAUUGACACCAAACUGGAGAAAUGUGAAAACAUAGUUGGAGAUACCGAAUCUCCUAUUGUCAAUGGAGCUGAGGAGACAAGAGGAGCUGAUAAAGAGGUAGAAGGCGUCGAAAAGAUUCAAGAUGAUGCUCAAAGAGUUGUAGAGAUUACAGAAGAGCGGGUCAAGGAGGAGGAGCUUCUCAUGGAGGAGGGAAGCUGUAGAAAGGCGGAACAGCCACUUGAUGAACCAGAGGUUGUAGAGGAGGGGGUGGGGAAGAAGCAGGAACAGCUGGGCAAUAGCAAACCAGAGGUCGCAGAGGGAGGUGGAGAUGCAAAGGAACAGCCAAGACAAGAAGUGGCAGCACCUGUAGAGGAGGGGGCGGGGAACUGGCUAGAAGAGCUCAAGGCUGUCAUUGAAGAUGAGCCCAGGAGGAAAGCCCAGGCAGGGCGUAAAAUCACCAUACCUGCCUGGAUGAAGGCCAGCGAGGGCUCAGAUGCCCAUUUCCAAGAGCCGGCGAAGCCCCUCUGCAGUCGGGUCAGAGGCGUGAGCGGGAGCAGUGAAGGGGAGGUGAACAUCAAGGCCAAGGUUCAAGAGGUCAAUAUGUCCAAUGGAUGCCCUGGGCUUCCAGCUGCUGUAGUUCAACAGAGAGAGGAAAAAACCCCGGAAAAUACGACAAAGAUGGAGAAUCCAGCUCAACAGGAGGGCAAUCCCCAUGACCUGCAGAUCUCCCUCUAUGUGAAGGCCGGCAGUGAUGGAGAGAGUCUCGGGAACUGUCCGUUCUCUCAGAGACUCUUCAUGAUCCUCUGGCUGAAAGGAGUCAUCUUUAACGUCACCACUGUGGACCUCAAGAGAAAGCCGGCGGAUCUGCAGGACCUCGCUCCAGGAACCAACCCUCCAUUCAUGACCUUCAACGGAGAGGUGCUUGUGGACGUCAACAAGAUCGAGGAGUUUCUGGAGGAACGACUGGCCCCACCACGAUUCCCAAAGCUGGCAGCGAAGCAUCCUGAAUCCAACACAGCAGGAAUAGAUGUGUUUGCCAAGUUUUCUGCCUACAUCAAGAACCCUCGUAAAGAAGCUAAGGAGGGUCUGGAGAAAGCUCUUCUGAGGUCUCUGAAGAGGUUGGAUGAGUAUUUGCAGACGGCGCUGGCCGAGGAAAUAGAUGCCAGCAGCGUAGAUGAUGAUCCCGGUGUGUCCACACGCAGUUUUCUGGAU